UAGGCUGUGAGUUUCCUGAUUCUCCGCCUAGCCUCGAUUUGGCCGGACAGGAGGAAAAACAGUUUGGGAUUGCCAGAACAAAAGCACAACGGACCAAAGGGCUGCUAAACAUAGGGAAUACGUGUAGUUAAUAUUAACACACUGGAGAGGAAAUGCGGUUGUAGUUUUAACGAAUCUGCUCUAAAUUGCAUGCACAGAACAGUAAAGUAUUAGAUUAAGUUUGUUCAGAUUAUUUUUAUUUGGUGUGGAGGACACUGGAAUUAUUGUCCGAGACAAUCGCUCGGGGAAAAGGUUCGAGGAGGGCAAGCGACACAAGGGUCAGACAGCGGCAGCAGCAUUGUUUUCAUCACACUGUAAACUAUUUGGAUUACGGAGACGAAGAAUAGACCACACGGUGACGACUUUACAGAGGGAAAGGGUUGAUUUAUUUUGAGACUGGAAGACCAAAAGCACCACACCUCCUCCCCCUAGAGGUUAUGCUGAACCGUUUGCCGAGUGUGGACUGAGAAAGGGAGACAAAACAGGCCCUGGGAAAGGGGAAUACAAACAAAAGAGAAGACGGUGGCACGUCACCGAUGGAGACACACGGCGACUUUGACAAAAAAACUGGAUUGGAUGGGACCAUGAAGGCAAAGUCUCUCAAGGGAUCCUUGUCAAACAAAGAGCGAGACGGCAAGCACACCAGCCCUCGACCGCUGAAAGCCUCCCAUUAUCACAACACAAAUGGCAAGCUCCGGUCGCCCUCUGAUCACACCGUGGCAGAACACAAUGGGGGUGACAGUGGCGGUGUCGUCAGCUUUAGCACCAACCACAACUCUGUAGUUUGCCUCCCUCUGGUGUCGGAGGGACUCAAACUGGUGUGGACACAGUCUGACCAAACUCGAGAGCUGGACGCCGUGCCAGAGCUGGUGCAAGCAUUCAAUGUGUUCCCAUAUCCUACGUCACGAGAACUGAGCACGCUGGCUUGCCUCUGUGCUCUGCCACUGGACAAGGUUAAAGUCUGGUUCAUGGUGCAGCGUAUCAAGUACGGCAUCAGCUGGACCUCCGAGGAGAUCGAGGAGACGCGGCGCAAGCUGGCAGGACCAGAGCGCAUCAGCAAGUGUGAGGAUGAGGGGAAGACUGAGGAGGACGUGAAGGGAUUUACAACCCAUUGCUCUCCCCAGAAGAAUGUAGCAAAAAGAGUCAAGUAUGAUCCACCAGAAUCCCCAAACCCUCCCAGUGCGCCAAAAUUCCGCUCUUCCCUCCCACCCCCACAAGACUCGUAUUAUUACCGCCACCCGGUGGACACACCAGCCAUCACAGCCACGUCACCGGGUACCCCGGAGUCUCCUCUCAGCCUUCAGCAACAGAGGCAGGGUCGCUACAAGAAGUCCAAAGCACAGCUGGCCUUGCUCCGCAGCAGCUUCCUGCAAGAGAACUGGCCCAAUGAGGCAGAACUGCGGCGCCUGCAAGAGGAGACGGGGCUGAGUCGCAACGAUAUUCGCAAGUGGUUCAGUGAUAGCCGGUACCAGCUCAGGAAUGGCCGUGCAGGACCAGGCAUUACCUCGCCCCCUAAGGGAGGUCAGGGUGACCCUCAGCCAGCCACCCCGACAGAAUCUCAGCAGCUCCAGCCCCUUCCGCUAGUGGCCCAUAAACCGCGGGACCAGGCAAAUGGAAUCAACCCGAAGGCGCUCUCUCGUGCGAAGGUGAUCCGUAAUGGUGCGAGGGAAAGUGAUUUCUUUAAGAACUUUUUGUCCAAUCGCCUGGAGGCUUUUGGUGAAGGCACCAUGUCGAAGGGGGAGAGUGAAGACUCGGCAGAUGAGCCACCAGCUGUGCCGCCAGUCGCCAAGGACGAACCCAUGGAGCCGAAAGCCAAGGAGGAAGUGGCAAUGGAUCAGGAUCAACCCCUACAGUUGAUCAGGGAGCCCCCUGAGCCAGAGGCGCCCACAGCACUGCCAACCAACGCCUCGUCCCCAUCUCCGUCCGCUACCCCUCCUCCAGCCUCUGCAGCGUUACCUCACAAACGGUCUUCAACCAGCGGCCCGUCUUCUCAAAAGGUGACACCCUCAGCCAAAGUGAACCCUCCAGCUGCCCCCAGCCCUUCCUCCUCCCCUCAGCUCACAGCAGCUGGCCGUCCUCGCAAGACAAAAGAGCAGCUCGAUGUGCUAAAGCAGCAUUUCCUGUCUUGUCAGUGGCCCACGAGUGAAGACUACACCCAACUGGUUGAACUCACUGGCUUGCCUCGUGCCGACGUCAUCCAGUGGUUUGGCGACACCCGCUACGCCGUGAAAAACGGGCAGCUGCGAUGGGUAAAGGGCCUCCGAGAACAGAUACUGGCAGAAAUCGCACUGCAGCAAAAUGGAGGAGGAGGUGCGGGUACCAAUGGCAGUGGGGGCUCUCGGGGGGGCGGUAGCCGCAAGCGCAAGUCUCAAGGAGGUAGCACCACCAAAGCAUCUGCAGCAGCAGCAGCAGCUGCAGCAGCAGAUUCUCCUGAUAUCAAACCACUGGAGUCUUAUUACCAGCAGACAGGAGUGCUGCAGGAGAAAGACCUGGAUGUUCUCUGCCGGAAGUCAAAGAUGAGCUACCAGCAGGUGCGUGACUGGUUUGCGUCCCAGGACCAAGAGUCAAAGCCCUCUGAACUCAGUAUUACUGACUGACCAUGCAGGCCUUGGCCAUCCAACUGUUCAGGUUGACCCCCCCCCCCCCCUUCUUUCUUUUGGCUGUCUGUUCUCCUCCAGCGAUGCAGGGAAUAGGGGCUUGUCAGGCAAAUGCAUUUUGAGCUUUUGGACAAUACUGCAUUAUUUUUUACUGUAUUAAGCUGCUGUGGCCCUCUAGGUCUUCCAAGUAAAAGAUUCAUUGACUAUAUAGAAUGAAUGAAUGCUGUAUCUGUCCAUUUCUUGUUUUGAACUGGUUGAAACAAUAAGCCGGUGCUGUUAGGAAUGGGCAAAAUGAUCUGCUGUGCACUGUUUUCUUUUACCUGACACAUUUGCGUAACUCUUCGGUUGUAUGUUUUAUUGUUGUUAGAGCUAGACCCAAAUAAUUGUUACAGUUUACUAUUAACUUAAUAUAGUCUACAUUUAGAGUGUUAAACACAUAGGUUGGUCCUACCCAGGUACUGUAUGUUAGUUCUGUAGAUAGCAGGACUGAGAUAGUUUGGACUUUUACCUUUGUGAUCUCAUUCCUGUCAACUCCUAAGACAAGCAAUUCAGUCCCAUUAAUCAUCUAGUCCUAUGAAGACAUUUUGCACUUGACGUGAUUGGUGCAAGCCCUGAUGAUUAUAUGGACAAACGUUAGAUCAAAAUAUAUUUUGUUAUUUUACUUAUUUUAAUAGUUGUUCUUUCCCCUGAAAGUUCUUGUUUCUACCCCUAAAAAGGUGCAAAGCACUCUUUCUUCCAUGAAAUACCCUUUGAAUUUAAGCUGCAAAAAUAAAUGUGUGCCUUACGUAUGAGCCUGCGUUACAAGAGAAAUAGAACUUUUUCGAUCACAGAAAACGCCUCACAAUUAAGUCUUCCCUUCCUGUCAUGUGAUCAAUUGAUCAAUUACUGUGAAUUCUCAGAACCCUGAAAACACCUGGAACUUUUGAUACUAGUGGUUGCAAAGUUACAAAGUAAAUGCAUAUUUAGAGCUGUUUUUGGUUCAUUUUCCAUUUUAGUGCUGCUUUAAUUAAUACUGUAUAUUUCUUGAAUAUGAUCCUAGGGGUAAUUGCAUUCCACUGAACAUUAGGCCUGAUGGUUAUUUAUUGUAUAUAGUUCUGUGUCUAUUAGAGAUGAUAAACACAUCAAUUCAGUGCUUAGUGAUUCACUUUUACCAUUUCUCACCCAAAUUGCAGAUCAACAUUGCAAUAUUGUUUGGUUCUUUCUUACAAUACCAUAUAUUUUUGAGGUUAAUUCAAGUAAACAAUUACUAGACAUGUGGUAAUCUUAGUUCAUGAGGAUGGCAAAUUGAAGUGAUGUACUGAGCAUUUGUAGAAUCUGCUGUCAAAUGAACCUCACUGAGGUCUCUUUUUUUUUGUAGAUGAAUCUAAUGUUGCUCUUUGGUGUAAUAAACUGGACUGAAUGCAUUGUC